GCCGAGUCUAUUACCCCUCAACUCGUGGCAUUCAUACCGCUCAGCCUGAUGCUUUGGUAUUAUCACCUCUAUCAUUACUCAACUCAUGUCUUCUCGCCACUCGUCCUGAUUGCAAAGACCAGUCCGGUUGGCCACGAUUUGAUUUACUGCGCUAUCUCGACAGCUGACAGCGAUUGUAGUACCCUCCGGUUCUGCAACUGAGCAUAUUCGAUCACAGAACCCUGCUCGAGGACAUCUGCGACAUGGAUGGAGGCACUCCCGGCGUUUCGACAAUAGCGAAUUAUGUACGCGAAUGCCUUAGAAAGUUAAAGCACGCGUCUGCUUCAUAUGAGGAAGCCAACGUCGAGAUCAAAGAGAAGCUUCUGAAUGGCUCCAUAUCUGACCAGGCUGGGCGUUUCCGGCUGUGGUCUAGCAACAUAGGGGCUCAUCAGCUCGGCAGAAGCUCGCUCGACUACCGGCUUCGUGAGGCAUCACAUAUAAAAGACCAGAUCUUAGAUCUCUUGCGAGAAUAUAUAGGAGUUCUUGAUGAGACAGUCGACAUUAUAAAGAAAAACCGACCCCCCUGGGAAGAUUCCUCGGAUAUGCAAAGCGAGUGCUCAGGGGAUGAAGACUUCCUACAAUCAACGACCGAGCUCGAACAGCUGGUAUCAAACAUGGCUGAUAUCAACACCAGCCUGAUGCAUCUGUCAGUAGCGAUUCGCAAUCCGGCACCUCAUGAUCAGUUCAUAGGAUCUAGGCUUAUCGAUAUCUCGCAUUUCGAAGAUCGUGAUAUUGAUCACGUAUGCAGCAAAUUCAAGCUAGCGCAAAAGUUCCUCCAACAGCGCCUUGGUAAAGGAAUAUCUCGUCGACGGCAAUACCUUCAAUAUCGUAAAAGUCAUCGAAGCAAGCUCGAACACGGCAUUGCAGAGGCGCAGCUAGAUCCACACGAGCAUCGUGCGACAGAAGAAACGACUGUCCCUUUGGCAAAAGGAGAGUCUACUGUAGCAUCUUCCAUACCAUUGAAUCGGAAGACAUGGCCAAUCACGUACCCUGAGAUUGAGAUGACCGCCUACGGAGAUACACUCUCGCAGACGUCGUAUGCGUCUUCUACGCAAGACGCGUCGAAGCUGCAUCCUCCACCGCUGCCAGUAGCCGGACGGGAUGGUAAUCCUUUCGAGUGUCCACUCUGUUAUCGCUUUUCGUCUGUCAAAAACACCGCAGCCUGGCGUAAACACUUAUACCGAGAUCUUCAGCCAUACCUAUGUACGUUCGAAGACUGCCGGGUUGCAGAUCAAAUGUAUGAGUCUCGAAAUGAUUGGUUUGAUCACGAGCUGGCCGAGCAUCGUCAACGGUGGGAAUGUAUCGAACAUUGCAAUUUGGAGUUUGGCUCAGAGGAAGCAUUUCGCUUACACCUCGUCGUUCAACACCCCCGAAUUGGGAACGGAGAGCAAGUGGUUGAGUUCAUGAAAGCACGCCGACGAAUGCCCCAGAUGGAUACUGAGGGUGAUUGCGCUCUCUGUGGUGCCAGACUUGUGUCCUUGAUACAGCUUCGCCGGCAUCUUGGGAGACAUCUACAAGAGCUUUCGCUGUCCGCCAUACCACUUGAGGUGUUAAGAGCCGACACAGAUACUGAAGACAAUAGUAUCGUGGAUGGUGAAUCACGUUCCUUAAAUACUGGCGGCUUUAAGGACGAAGCUCUACCAACAGAAUUCAUGUGCGAUGUGUGCCAAAAGACUUUCAGUGGCGAGGAAGACGAGAGACUUGAGGCCCUGAGGAUCCAUAUGAGUGAGGCCCACCUAGACGAUGACCCUUCAGACACUGUUAUCGAUCCGCCUUCGCAAGUCAAAGAAGAAGCCCGACAGCAGGUCGCAACCCAAACGCAAGAGGAAACACGAGAUAUACAUGAACAAGCUCAGCCAGCUCAGCCAGCUCAACCAAUGUCGCAUAAACGCGACACAAAAAUGCAAGGAAAGAAGCAGAACACAGGUAAAUUAGCACAGCCAGAUAAGUUAUUGGUUGUACUGUCGACUGAGAGAGCCGCGUUGCGAAGCGAUAUCGAAGAUUUGGAAGAGGCAAUAGACGAAGAGAAGAGUCCGGAGAAGCUAUCGCAGCUCAAGGCCGAAUUAUCUCAACUAAAACAUCUCUUGAGUCUCAAAGAGACCGAACUCAGCCGAGAGAACGCCAAGAAAGUUGAUAAGCAUAUAUUCCAUGUGGCGAUUGAACAACAGACUAAGGCUUGGGAUAAUAGUCACCCGAACAACACUACAAAGGAGGUCAGAUCUCGCUACAAGGCUGCUCAUGAAAAGUAGUCCACAUUCAGCGGUCCAACAAACGUGCCACGGCCAAAAACUGGAGCGAGCGGAUGGACAUGAAGUCCAGACCACAAUGACUACUACUGCUAUGGCUAUGGUCAGGAUAGUAAUGUCCUUUACGAGUGGGCCAAAAACAGUUCGAA